GUCUGCCGCCGAACGACAGAACUUUGUCAUAUCAUAAUUUAGAACGAUUAUUAGGUACAGUUUUCCUGUGUCGUUGAACACUUUUUUACCGGAAAUCUGUGAAGUUUGCCCGCCGAACCGUACACCAUCCAUUGAGAUUGAUGUCUCGUUCGUUCUACGUAUCUUUAUAAAUCUUGUUGUGUAGAAAACAUGCAGAACCAAGAGCAUUUGCUACAAGAGAUUGAGGGCAUCGAUGAUUACUGGGGCCCGACUUUCCGAGCCAUAUACGACCAAGAUGACGACAGCCGCAAAUUCAUUGACACUUUGGACAACCGAAUCAAGCAGUACGACAAAGAAAUCGAACGUAUGUGCAAUUUCUAUUAUCAAGGUUUCAUAGAUUCCAUCAGAGAAUUGCAGCAAGUGGAAAACCAAGCAUCUAAAUUAAAAAAACAAGUUAUUCAACUGAAUUCAAAUGUACAAACUAUUGUUUCUGAGGUCACCAAUGCUGGGGAAGAAUUGGUUAAAGCCAGACAGGUGGAAAAUAAUAUUCAAUUGGCUAUUAAUAGCUUAUCUUUAUGUUUGCCUGCACUCUCUUCGUACAGUAAAUUACAAAAGCAAAUGGCUGAUAAACGCUAUUAUCCUGCGCUGAAAACAUUAGAACAACUUGAACAAUUAUAUUUGCCUCAAGUAUCUCAUUAUAAAUUUUUUAGACAAAUGAUAGAUAAAAUUCCUAAACUUCGAGAAAAUAUUAAAGAAUCAUCCAUGUCAGAUUUAAAUUGUUUUUUAGAAACCAUAAGAAAAUUUUCAUCAAAAGUUGGUGAAGCUGCAAUGAAGCAUAGUGUUGAACAACAAAACUUUGAUUUUGGCCUAACGAAAUUAAAGAAGAAAAAAGAUUCACCAGAAGAUAACUCUGACGAUGAAGAUUCAUUGAGUGCACAAGAUCUUAUUGAUUUUUCACCUGUAUACCGUUGUCUUCAUAUUUGUACUGUAUUAUCUUCACGAGACACUUUUGAUGCUUAUUAUAGGCAACAAAGAAGAGAACAAGCACUUUUAACUCUACAUCCUCCUAACAACAUGCACGAAUCUAUUGCAAGCUAUUGCUAUUAUUUGCAGUGCAUUGUAGGAUUUUUUGUUGUAGAAGAUCAUGUAUUAAACACCGGUAAUGGAUUGUUGACAAGACCUUAUUUGGAAGACUUGUGGAAAAUGGCUUCUGAUAAGGUAGUUAGCAUAAUGAGAACAAAUACUGCGUACUGUACGGAUGCAAAUUUACUCUUAAGAAUUAAAGAUUUAAUUAUGGUAUUUUGCAUAACUCUUAGAAGUUAUGGAUAUCCUGUUAAAAACUAUAUGGAAUUAUUGCAUGAAAUACAAGAACAUUACAACGAAAUACUUAUGCAAAAAUGGGUUCAAGUGUUUAGGGAUAUUUUAUAUAGAGAAACUUUUUGUCAUCUCGAGGUUGACAAUCAAGAUCAAUAUGAUAAUGUUGUACGAACUUUUCCAUAUCAAGAUGAUCAAUUAGAAUCCUCAACUUUUCCUAGGAAAUUUCCAUUUUCUUCAAUGGUGCCUAGUGUUUAUGAUCAAGUAAAACAGUUUAUAUUUGCUUGUCUAAAGUUUUCCAAUGACCUAAAUUUUAGUGAAGGCGAAGUAGAUGAAAUGGUUCAAAAAUCUACCAAAUUGCUACUAUCUCGAACUUUUAGUGGAUGCUUAUCAUCUGCAUUUCAUCAACCACGACUUGGUCUUUUACAAGUAAUACAGAUUAUUGUCGACACUGGAUAUUUGGAAAAAUCAUCAAAAUCAAUUCAACAAUUUGUAUCAGAAGCUACUGGAUCUACUGGUGGUACUGUUGGUGAUGAUGCAGGCAUAACAUUGGGUGUGGCCAGAAAUGAUGCUGAACAUCAUAUGUAUGAUAAAAUGAAAUUAAAAUUGAAUGAAUUUUUAGAUUUAGAAGACUAUGAUUGGAUGUUAGUCGAACCAACUGGUCAAGCUUCCUCAUUUGUUACUGACUUAAUAAACUUUCUACGAGUUGUCUUUAAUGCAUUAAGAAAUCUUACUGAAGAAGUGUCUGUGCAUGUGUGUCAAGUAGCAUUUGAACACAUAUCAAAAUCUAUAUUAAAUUUAUUACUCAGUGAUGAUAUUAAACAAUUAUCUAUGGGUGCCUUAAAUCAAUUGAAUCUAGAUGUUAUACAAUGCGAACUAUUUGCUGCGUCAGAGCCUGUUGGGAAAACUGAUGAACCAGAUUUUUCUCAACAUUUUGCACCAUUGAGACAACUUUUGGACUUACUCCUGAGCUGGGAUUGGUCAACCUACUUUCAUGAUUAUGGUCAAGAAACGUCAAAAUAUUCUCAUGUUAAACCAACUACAGCAAUUAUUGUUUUAGAAAAAUUAAAAGAAGCUGAUAAAAAAAGUGUAUUUUCAGUAUUGAAGAAAAGUGAAAGGGAUAAAAAGAAAUUAUUAGAAACUGUUUUAAAACAGUUAAAGCAAUUAGCAAUUACUGUUCAGCAAUAAUGAUUUAUGUAUUUUAAUACUUUUUUAUAAAUUAUAGCUAUUUAACCAAAUACUUAUUAAACCCACCACCUAACAAGGGUUUCUAUAUAAUAGGUGCCUAUAUUUUAAUCUACUAAAUUAUGAAAGACAUUUAUAAUGUAAACCUACUUAGUUAAUAUUCCCUAAUAAUUAAUAUGCCAAUAAACAUAUUAUCAUAUAUUAUAUUUAAGCUCCCCACAUAUUUUUAUUUGUUUGUAUUCAUAUUUAUUUAGUUAUAAAUUAUUUAGGUAGUUAUUUUUACAUUGUUAACCAACAUUUAGAAAGUUUAUUUUUAUUUUGUUUAUGAAAAUCUAAAGCCAGUUAGUUUUUUAUUAUAUAAUUAUUAUAAUGUAAUUUUUUGAAGUAUGUAGUCAUUUUGAACUGAAAUAAUAGACAUUUAUUGUUAUUAUUUUUACAAAAUUGGUUGAAUAUUUGUAAUUCUUAUUGAAAAUCCCGGAUUUUUUCACCAUUGUAUUUGUUCAUGAACAAAUUUAUUUCUGUAAAUAAUAGAUAAAAGUAUUAAACACAACUAAUAAAAACUAAUAAACCAUUUUAAUGUUUUAUUUAAUUUAUGUAAUAAUAUUCAAAUACGUAUAGGUACCUACUUAAAAUAUUAUAAAAUAAUCAAAUAUGUACCACAUUUUAUCAUUUUCUUUAAUUUACUUAUGGAAUUACCUACAUAUAAACUAUAAAUCUAAGCAGAUGAUUAAAAAAAUUAAGUUUAUCAUUUUGCAGUCUUAAAAAAAAAAUUAAUUAGGUAAUAAAAUGGAAAGUAUAAUUGUACAUUGCUACAACUUAAAAUAGUUAAGUUUUUUCCACAUUAUAAUUUUG